AUGUCCAUCAGCGCCGCAGGCAUCUAUGCCGCACUCCCGUCCACCUCAAGAGGCUUGCCUACCCCUCUGAGCUCUGACUCCAAGGGCGAGCGCAUUGCGUAUGCCGCCAACAAGUCCAUAUUUAUUCGAUCCAUCGACAAUCCUGCCAUAUCCACUCAGUAUACCCAACACACCACCACCACAACCGUCGCCAGGUUCGCGCCUUCCGGCUUUUAUUGUGCCUCUGGGGAUGCUUCAGGCAUUGUUCGGGUCUGGGACUGCUCACCCAAUGGAUCAGGAGCGACGAAAGGGGAAUAUGCCAUCAUAUCAGGCCGAAUCAACGACAUUGCGUGGGACGGUGAUAGCCAGCGCAUUAUAGCGGUAGGAGAUGGAAAACAACGGUUCGGACACUGCGUAACGGCGGACUCGGGGAACACAGUAGGAGAGAUAAGCGGGCACUCUGCACAGGUUAAUGCUGUCAGCAUAAGACAGCAAAGACCCUUGCGAGCGGCUACGGGAGGUGAUGACAAGAACUUGGUCUUCUAUCACGGGGCUCCAUUCAAAUUCAAUGGCAUCCCUGGCCGAGGAAACCACACGAAUUUCAUCUAUGGAGUUGCCUUCUCGCCUGACGGCAACCAUUUGCUAAGCGUCGGUGGUGACAAGAAGAUCUAUCUGUAUGACGGCAAAACUGGGGAGGUGAAGACCGAGGUCGCCGACGGUGCAGAAGGCCACAAAGGCAGCAUUUUUGGGGUCUCAUGGUCCAAAGAUUCGAAAAGCUUUGUGACAUGCUCGGGGGAUCGGACUGUCAAGACCUGGGAUGUGGAGGCUGGGAAAGUCACACAUACUUGGUCUUUCGGUGAUGGUAUGGCUGUUUCAGAUCAGCAAGUCGGCGUCGUAUGGCCGGCAGGCAGAUCAGAUGGAUUGAUCAUAUCUCUGUCACUCAGUGGGGAUCUCAAUUAUCUGAACACUAGCUCGAGCAAGCCCUCCAAGAUCAUUUCAGGUCAUCAGAAAAAUAUCACAGCGCUUACCUCUUCCGGGGAUGCUGAAAAUGCAACGUUGUGGACAGGCAGUUCCGAAGGGCGAUUGUGCUCUUGGGAUGCUGCAAACGGUACAGCAGAGACAAUCGAAGGGGAUGGACCCACCAACAUCAUCUCAGGACUUGCCGCUACGCCUUCUGGAAAGCACCCCCAAGUUUUUGCUGUCAGUUGGGAUGAUACAUUAAGAACAGUCGACGCCGGAGCAAAGACGUUCAUGGGGAAGUCAACAAGAUUGUCAUCACAGCCGAAAGCCCUGACCUGCACCACCAACUCUCUGCUGGUUGUAGCUCAGCUAGAAAGUGUCAUUGUCUACAAAGAUGGGGAAGAAGACGGCGAGCUGCCCUUGAAAUCAGCACCAACAUCUCUGGCUUCCCAUGGCAGCACUGUCGCAAUCGGUUCUCAGGACUCCAGCCUUCGCUUGUUCUCGGUUGUGCCAGGAAAAGCACCCAAGCAGGUUGCGUUCGUCGAACAAGUUUCCGCCCAUCCCCUAACAGCCCUGUCAUUUUCAAAUGAUGGCUCAAUGUUAGCAGCCGGUUCUGCAGCGGGGAAGAUUUAUGUCUACAAGGUCAGGAGUGGGAUUACAGGGCUGGUAACUGGAAGUUCGUCGCUUGAGCUAGUAACCGAUCGGUGGAGCGCUCAUACGGCGAAGAUCACCUGCAUCGCAUGGAAUCCAGAAGGGACAGGGGCGGCUUCUGGAAGCUUAGAUACCAACAUUUUUGCUUGGAGUUUGAAGGAACCCGGAAAGCGAGUGAAAGAGACGAAUGCACAUAAAGAAGGGGUCAAUGGUCUCGUUUGGCUCGGAGAUACCGUCUACAGCACGGGAGCAGAUGCCACGGUCAAGAAGUGGAAGAUCAAGAUAGUUUAG